UUCAAAAUUCUGUUUCAACGUUGCCUACCAAGGCCCAAGCCAUCAUAGCCCCUCGCUCCAGCCACUUUCCCCCGCCACACCGACCGCCGUCGUUUCCCUCACGUCACUCGCUGUUCCUAAACGUUUAUAAUCUGUUUUGAGUUUGAAGGUUGAAUUACGAAUUUGCGAUUAAACUAUUCUUCCCCUCCAAAAUAAUUUCUCCUGCCCUUCCCUCUCUUCGCCGUUUCCCCACCGCCGCUACUUUCAUCCAUUGCGCUGCCACCGCCCUUCGAUCAGAAUUUGUUUUUUCUAGAGUUUCCGGUAACCUGCAUUUGAAUGGAAAAGGAGGGGAAUAGAAUUUCUGACAGUGAAGAGGUUCCUGGUGAUGUUAUGCAUGGUUUGGGAGUGGAAAAAGAGGUAGAAACAGGAGUGGUGGAUAAAGAGGAGGAGGAGGAGGAGGAGGAAGGAGAGGAAGAAGUGGAGGAUGAAGGAGAGGAUGAUAUUGAAGAAGAAGACGGUUACACAUUCAAAUUUAAGGCCGGAGAAAAUCCAUUUGAUUUUGUUGAAGGAACCGAUUUUAGUGUCCAACCAUAUAAAAAAUUUGAGCGCCUUGAAUAUGAAGCCCUUGCUGAGAAAAAGAGAAAAGCUCUUGCAAAUGGUCAGAGUGAGAGAGCUGCAAAGAGGGGCAGGGUAGAAGACGUUGCUGGUGCUAGCUUUGAUGAAAUUUUGGAAGCUAUGAAUUAUGGAUCUAGGAGGAAGUUAAAGGAGCCUAAAAAAAGAGGUCGACGGAAAGGAUCAAAGAAAAAACUUAAUCGUGAUGUUACAAAGUUGCUCGGUGAUGCAACUUUAUGUUAUGCUCAAGGCCAGCACGAGAAGGCUAUAUCUUUAUUACGCCAAGUUGUUCUGCAAGCCCCAGAUUUACCUGAUUCGUACCACACACUUGGACUUGUUUACAAUGCAAUUGGUGAUGAUGUAAAAGCCAUGGGAUUCUACAUGCUUGCUGCACAUUUAAUGCCAAAAGAUUCAUCUCUCUGGAAACUGCUAUUUUCAUGGUCAAUUGAACGAGGUGAUAUUGAUCAAGCAAGCUAUUGUCUUUCUAAAGCAAUAAAAGCAGAGCCUGAUGAUAUUAAUUUAUUAUUUCAUCGUGCGUCACUCUACCUUGAGCGUGGAGAUUGUGAGAAAGCAGCUGAAACAUAUGAUCAGAUUCAUCAACAAUGCCUUGGUAACGUUGAGGCACUCAUGACAGGAGCAAAGCUGUACCAAAAAUGUGGUCAUCUUGAACGUGCAAUUUGCAUUCUUGAGGACUACAUUAAAGAGCAUCCAUCGGAAGCUGAUUUAGAUGUGGUUGAUCUUUUAGCUUCUUUAUACAUGGGAAGUAAAGAAUUCAGCAAAGCUCUUGAGCACAUUGAACAUGCAGAUAGGGUGUACUGUGCCGGAAAUGAGCUACCUUUAAACUUGACAGCUAAAGCAGGAAUCUGCCACGCUCAUCUUGGAAACUUGGAGAAGGCAGAGUGCCUCUUUGCUAAUUUGAGACGGGAAACUACCUAUGAUCACUCAAAUUUGAUGAUUGAAGUUGCAGACUCGUUGCUGAGUCUUAAGCACUAUAGCUGGGCAUUGAAGUAUUAUUUGAUGUCCGAAGAAGUAAAUGCUGGAGAGAACAUGGGGAUUUUAUACCAAAAAGUUGCUGAGUGUUACUUAUCAACUAAUGAAAAGGAACAGGCAAUUGUUUUCUUUUAUAAAGUGCUUCAACAUGUUGAAGAUAACAUUAAUGCUCGAUUAACUUUGGCCUCCCUCCUCCUUGAGGAAGCUAGAGACGAAGAAGCCAUUUCAUUACUAUCUCCUCCAAAAGAUUCAAACCCAACUAGCUCAUCUUCCGGCAAAUUAAAACCGUGGUGGCUGAAUGAGAAAGUAAAACUGAAGCUUUGCCACAUAUACAGAACUAGAGGAUUGCUUGAGAACUUCGUUGAGGUGAUCUUUCCUUUGGUCCGAGAAUCCUUAUAUAUCGAGACUCUUCAAGAAAAGAUUAAAGUGAACAAGAAGAAGCUUCCAAGGAGGGUUUUGCUAGAGAGAGUGAAAGUACUAGAUGGACGUGAAACUGGCAACCUAUUUCGUGGAUUCAGACCUGUAGCUCCGAAAUCAGAUUUAACAAAAGCAUCCAGAGCAAAGAGAUUACUUCAAAAAAGGGAUAGAAUCAAGGAAGAAAAGAAGGCUAAAUUACUGGCUGCAGGAGUCAACGUGAGCUAUGAUGAUUUAGAUGAUGAGCCAGCGCUACGGAUGCAUCGAGAAUCCCCCCUGCCUAACCUUCUGAAGGAAGAAGAACACCAUAUUCUUAUUGUCGAUUUGUGCAAGGCAUUGGCUUCCUUAGGAAGAUGUUCUGAAGCUUUAGAGAUUAUAAGUCUAACUUUAAAGUUGGCUUUUAACUCAUUAUCGACGGAAAGGAAGGAAGAACUCCAGUUACUUGGAGCUCAAUUAGCUUUCAGCUCAACUGGUACCAUGCAUGGUUUCAACUUUGCAAAGCACGUUGUUAAGCAGUACCCUUACAGCAUCUCGGCUUGGAACUGCUAUUAUAAAGUAGCUUCAUGUUUGACGAACCGGGAUUCAAGGCAUUGCAAGCUUCUGAAUAGCAUGCAAGCCAAAUACAAAGAUUGUGCACCACCCUAUAUCAUUGCCGGGCAUCAAUUUACCACCAUUAGCCAUCAUCAAGAUGCUGCAAGGAAAUAUCUUGAAGCUUAUAAAAUCAUGCCGGAUAGUCCCCUAAUUAAUUUGUGUGUUGGAUCAUCCUUAAUCAACUUGGCUCUUGGAUUCCGUCUUCAAAACAAGCAUCAGUGUGUUGCGCAGGGCUUGGCAUUCCUCUACAAAAAUUUGAAGCUGUGCGAUAACAACCAGGAAGCCUUGUACAACAUAGCUCGAGCAUAUCAUCACAUUGGACUGGUGACACUGGCAGUUACAUAUUACGAAAAGGUGCUUGCAACUUACCAGAAGGAUUGCCCCAUACCAGAACUUUUUGGUGAGAAUCGAAACAUUAAACAUCAGAAUUCAGUCUAUUGUGACCUACGGAGAGAAGCAGCUUACAAUUUGCAUCUUAUUUAUAAAGAGAGUGGAGCUCUUGAUCUUGCUAGGCAAGUCCUAAAAGAUCAUUGCACAUUUUAAGUAGAAAGCAUUUUUUGUUAGCAAUAGCAUAGCAGCAUAUAACAAAAGAAAGAAAAUCUUAUCUUGUUUUGAUAGAGAUUGUACAAAGGUGGAGGAUGUAUAAUAUGGUAGCUCGUAAAAACUCGGAUAUAUUAUUCUACAACCGAGUUUAUAAGGAUUCAGUUGAGUCAGUAUAUUAUGUAUAUAAUAACUAUCUAUGCAGGAGAUCAGUUAUUAAUUCAGCAGAACGUAGUUUUAUGUUUGUAUGGGUAAUUGAGGUAAUUUUUUUUAA